AUGGAGAUGAGGAAUAAUAUUUGUUCUUCCCUAGGUGUUUUUGAUUAUUUGAAUCAUAGUAGAUAUCUAGGGUUACCAUCUUUUAUUGGAAGGAAGAAGACGGAAGUGCUUGCAUUUAUUCAAGAGAGGUUAUGGAAGUUAACUCAAGGGUGGAAGCACAAAUUUUUGUCCAAGGCUGGGAAAGAGGUAUCAAUAAAGAGUCUUGCCCUAGCUAUUCCAGUUUUCGCUAUGGGGGUUUUUCUUUUACCAACCACCAUGUGUGAUGAGUUACAAAAAUUAAUGAAUGCUUUUUGGUGGAGUUUGAAAUCUACAAAUAGGAAGGGUAUGCAUUGGUUGAGUUGGGAGAGGUUGUGUGUUCCAAAAAUUCAUGGAGGUAUGGGUUCUCGCCAUCUUUAUAGCUUUAAUUUGGCUCUUCUUGGUAAGCAAGGUUGGCGUAUUAUGGCCAAUGGUGGUUCUCUUCUAGCACGAAUUUACAAAGCUAAAUACUUUCCUGAUGGGCAUUUUAUGGGAGCGGUUUUAGGAACUAAUCCUAGUUUUUUAUGGAGGAGCAUAUUGCGAGCUAAGGAUUUGCUUAGAAAAGAGAAGGCUGAGGUGAUUCUUCAUAUCCCACUAAGUAAUAGAAGACCGGAGGAUGUGUUAGUUUGGCAUUGGUCGAAAAGGGGAAUUUAUAAAUUGAAAAGUGCCUACAAACUGGCGGUUCAGGAGGUGGCAGCAAGUCACUAUGUGGGAAAUCCAAAUAUGUGGAAGUUUAUAUGGGCAAUGAACAUCCAUCCGAAAGUGAAGCAAUUUUUGUGGAGAGCGUGUAAGGACCUUCUGCCGACCAAAACACAGUUGAAUAAAAGGGAUACAGGAGGUGCAAGUGAAUCGAAGGAUGUGUUAACUCGAGCCAUGCAUUUUAUAGCAGAUUGGAGGGAUGUGAGGCCGAAGGAUAACAGCGAGGGAACUUGUAGGAAUGGCAGAAUGGUGUGUACAUGGUCUCCGCUUGCUGCUGAUCGACUGAUUGGAGCGAGUUCUCCUAGGCUUGCUGAACUUAUGGGCUUGAGGGAGAUGGAUGCACAGGAGGUGACUACUGCUAUGGCAGCAGGAAGGGACGAUAGGACUGAGUUUGGGCUUCUUAUUACAAAUUAUAGGGAGCUAUUUGUUGAUGCUAAUGUUUUGUCAUUGGCUUGGGUUAAUACGCAAGCAAACAAUGCUGCACAUGCCUGA